CAAGCCCACAACUUCACCACUGACGCACAACUCAACUCGUGCAGUGCGCACACGGGAAGAAAGUCGCGGAGACGCGUCAAGAGUUUCCAGAAGGGACCGUAGCUCGCAACAACGCGGAACCGAGGCCAUGGACAGGGGGAUGAACUUGCCCGGCGGCGCAGGGGACAUUUUUCACAAAACUCUGAGCGCCGUGUCCACUAAAAAAAUGGAUCCUUUCAGGUCGUCGAUCGGCAAUGAACUACCAGCCAGAGACCGCCAGUCACCGAUGAGCUGCUUCGACCAAACCGAUCCAGACCCGAUUCAGCCGGGAGGACUCGCGGGAGUUAGAGGGGGACCACUGGGUCUGCCGACCGGAUCUUUGUGCUUAAAGUACGGCGAGAGCGCCAACAGGACCUCGGCGGCAGAGAGCAGCGGCGGAGAGCAGAGCCAAGACGAUGACAGUGACGAAAGGUGUGAAAUGGUCCUCCUGACCGACGGGCGGAUGGUGUCCGCGGGGAAAGCAGAAGGAGGUAAGAAAUCCAAAGAGCAGAAAACCCUGAGGCUUAACAUCAAUGCCAGAGAAAGACGACGGAUGCACGACCUGAACGACGCACUGGACGAGCUCAGGGGGGUCAUCCCCUACGCGCACAGCCCGUCGGUGCGCAAACUCUCCAAAAUUGCCACUUUGCUGCUCGCCAAAAACUACAUCCUCAUGCAGGCGCAGGCGCUGGAGGAGAUGCGGAGGCUGGUUGCGUAUCUCAACCAGGGCCAGGCCAUCUCUGCCGCCUCGAUACCGGCCACCACUGCGCUCGCCAAUCCCGGCUUGGGCGCGUACGAGCCGCCGCCCGGAUACCCCUUCCCCGGUGGAGUGGCAGCGGCCGCAUGCCCAGACAAAUGUGCCCUUUUCAACAACGCCAACUCCAGCCUCUGCAAACAGUGCACUGACAAGCCUUAACAGAGACCCAGAGAAGCGCGGGGGGGGGGGGAGCAGACGCCACUUGUGAGAUCACUUCUGGAGAGUGUCGCUUGAAGUCAGUAGGCUUAGAGACAAAGAAGUUACGCCGACGAAUACUUUUGUAAUAUGUACUAAAUGCAUUCAAAACGCUUUUUUGUCCAACAAUACUUGAUUGUGUAUAUAAAUCAUCCUUAAAGUGCUGGUAUGAAUGACAGGGAAGGCCGAACACAAGUACAGGCCUGUGAGAGUGGCUGCAGGUGUGGAGUGCGAGUCGCUCUGUUAUGGACCCUUUUGGAGAUUUCGGCGACCUGACAACUCGCGACCUUUUCACUUGAAUAGAUGGACACCUUCCUGGAGAGUUGGUCCAACCUCACUUUCUGCUGCUUCCUCCUUUUCCUUUUGCGGGUUUCUGCUUGAUUCGACUCGCCUCAGAGACAUUUUGUUUCACCGGUGCAAGGCCUGUUUUCAUGAACUUUUCUAUCGCGCACGUGGAAUGUCCUGAGCAAGGCAACGUUAAAAUGACACAGAGGACGAGCUCAGUGGUUCGAACAGAUAUGUAUGUGCUGAUCCUUGACACUUGUUAAAAGUUGCGCACGAUGAUUACGAUUCCUUUUUGUCACAUAAUAAACAUUUCGGAACAUUUUAGAAACCCAGAAUCACGGCUCAUCCGGUGUUUCGCUGUGUCUUUUGUAAUUUAUUUAUUUGGAUAUUUAUACGCGGUUUUAUUUAUUUUGUUUGCUUGUGUUGCACAUUGUAGUUUCACUUCAGUUGCUGUGUAUGUCUUUUUUCCGUUUUUUCACACAAUGUGAUCGAGGUCUUCAGAUUAUAAUCGCGUUGUCAGGUCAAGAUGUGGAUUAUUGUAGAUACCUUCGUUAUUCUAUGAGCAACGAGGGGCCAUUUGUAUGUAUUUCAGUGUUGAAAAGCUUUAUUAAAAUAUUUUGAACAACAGAGAUACUGCUGGUGACUCAUCUGUG